AUGGCGACCCUAGAUCAGAAAUCGCCCAACGUGCUUCUCCAGAGCCUCUGCUGCAGAAUUACGGGCAAAAGUGAAGCUGAAGUUGCCCAACAGUUCCAGUAUGCUGUGCGAGUCAUUGGCAGUAACUACGCUCCCUCUAUUGAACGGGAUGAAUUCCUGGUGACGGAGAAGAUCAAGAAAGAAUUGUUGAAGCAGCGGCGAGAGGCAGACGCUGCUCUUUUCUCGGAGCUACAUAGAAAACUACAGUCACAGGGUGUUCUGAAGCAUCGCUGGUCUGUUCUCUACUUGCUGCUCAGCCUCUCUGAAGACCCUCGCAAGCCUUCCAGUAGGGUUGGAAACUACGGGGCUCUGUUUGCUCAGGCACUACCUAGAGAUGCCCACUCUACACCGUUCUACUGCGCCCGACCCCAGAGUUUGGCCCUUGGUUAUGGGGAAAGGAGCAGCAGCCUGUCAGCCAGCAUGGGCACGAGCGGAAUCUCAAGUCUGGGAGUCUACACACUCAAUGGACCCACGCCAACACCGCAGUCACUUUUGGCGGGUCAACCUCCUCAGUCUGCGGCUGGAGUUCCUCCCUCUCUGGUCUCUCGACUGGCCUGGGCUCUUCCAGCAAGCUCCUCCCCCUCCUCUGCUCUUGGCCCCGCCACCAUUCGGCCAUCUCUCGGACCCUCGCAUCCCACCGCCAGAGCAGGCCGCCUAAGGCAGGAUGGCGACACAGCUGGCGAGGUGAGCGAGACUGCACUAGUGAGAGAUAUCCUCUACGUGUUCCAGGGGAUCGAUGGCAAGUUCAUCAAGAUGAGCAACCAAGACAAUUGUUACAGAAUAGACGGCAAGGUGCUAGUAAGCAAAUCCCUUAGGGACACAUGCAGCAGACUGGCUGAGCUUGGCUGGCUCCACAAUAAAGUCCGCAAGUAUACAGACGCCAGGAGCCUCGACCGGGCCUUUGGACUAGUUGGACAGAGCUUCUGUGCAUCCCUCCACCAGGAGCUGAAGGAGUAUUAUAGACUCCUUUCCGUCCUACAUUCUCAGUUGCAGGUAGAAGAUGACCAGGGUGUAAAUGUUUGUACAGAGAACAGUCUGACCCUCAGAAGGCUUCUGGUCUGGAUGUACGACCCCAAAGUCCGGCUCAAAACGCUUGCUGCCCUCGUUGACUUCUGUCAAGGCCGGAAAGGUGGAGAGCUAGCAACAGCUGUUCACGCGUACGGAAAGACAGGAGAUCCACAAAUGAGGGCGCUAGUGCAACACAUCCUUAGCUUGGUGUCACACCCUAUUCUUAACUUCUUGUAUCGUUGGAUCUAUGAUGGAGAACUUGAAGACACUUAUCAUGAGUUCUUUGUGGCAUCAGAUCCAAACGUUAAAACAGAUCGCCUAUGGCACGUCAAGUACUCUCUCAGGAAGUCGAUGAUCCCUUCGUUUAUCACCAUGGACCAGGCUCGCAAGAUUCUGCUUAUUGGGAAAUCUAUCAACUUCCUUCACCAGGUUUGCCAUGACCGAACACCACCUGGAAAAAUCACACCAGCGCCCAAAUUUACGGACACACCCAAAGAUGCAGCAGAACUGCUGUCAGACCUGGAGGGGGCAUUUCAGGAGAAGAUUGACGCCGCCUACUUUGACACCAGCAAGUACUUGCUGGACGUUCUCAACCGGAACUACCUGCUGCUUGAGCACCUUCAGGCCAUGAGGAGAUACCUGUUGUUGGGCCAGGGAGAUUUCAUCAGACACCUAAUGGACCUCCUUAAACCAGAGCUAGCGAGACCCGCCACCACUUUGUACCAACACAACCUGACGGGUAUCUUAGAAACUGCUGUCAGAGCAACCAACGCCCAGUACGACAACGUGGAGAUCCUCAAGCGGUUGGAUGUGCGACUGCUGGAGGUGUCUCCGGGCGACACCGGCUGGGAUGUAUUCAGUCUCGACUACCACGUCGAUGGACCGAUCGCUACAGUAUUUACACGGGAAUGUAUGGGCCACUACUUGCGCGUUUUUAACUUCCUGUGGAGGGCUAAGCGGAUGGAGUACACGCUAACAGACAUCUGGAAAGGACAAAUGUGUAAUGCCAAGCUUCUCAAAACUAUGCCUGAGCUGUCCGGCGUGCUGCAUCAGUGCCACAUCCUGGCGUCUGAGAUGGUCCACUUCAUCCAUCAAAUGCAGUACUACAUCACCUUCGAGGUGUUAGAGUGUUCCUGGGAUGAGCUAUGGAAUAAAGUAAACCAAGCACAGGAUUUAGAUCAUAUCAUUGCUGCCCAUGAAGUGUUCCUAGAUACCAUCAUUUCAAGAUGCUUGCUGGACAAUAAUAGUGGGUCUCUCUUGAACCAACUAAGGGCCAUCUUUGACCAAAUCAUCGAGUUCCAGAAUGCUCAGGAUUCCCUCUACCGCGCUGCACUGGAGGAACUGUCCCUACAGUUGCAGUUUGAGAAAAAGAAGCAGCAGAAUGAAGAGGAGGGUCAGUGGGGUGUGACAGCUGAGCAGGAAGCAGAGGAGAAGAGGAGAAUUAGGGAAUUUCAAGAAACCAUACCAAAGAUGUGCUCACAGCUCCGCAUCCUCACGCAUUUUUACCAGAGUAUUGUUCAACAGUUCCUAGUAUUGCUGACCACCAGCACAGAUGAAAGUCUUCGUUUCCUCAGCUUUAGACUAGACUUCAAUGAACACUACAGGGCCAGAGAACCGAGGCUGCGAGCAUCGAUAGGAGCCACACGGGGGCGACGGAUGUCCAAUAUCUGA